AUGUCGGCUCAAUUCGCUGCUAGCGAUCCUGGCAGCAAAGAAGGCUUAGCCGGAGACAAACUCAGACGACAAGCCUCGCUGGCAGCACCAAGCUUCGGAGCAACCGCAGCAGAUGACCAGAUUGUCCCCUCUGAACGUAUAGAGACAGAGUUUCAGAACCACCAUUCCCUUCUCAUCCAGUUGCUAAGGAUGAUCUCGCAUGGCGAAGACAAGGAUGUGUCCCGCAUUUUUUCCGUCAUCCGCUCGGGCGCAUCCCAUCGCCAGAUCUUUGACUUUAUCAAACAACAACCCGACAACCGAACGAGAUGA